AAGAAUUAUAAUUGCGAUAUCUUUGAUGGUGUCAGAUGUCAACCCAUGGGGCAAACAAGGAAGAAUGAUAAUUUAAUUUGUGUAAUCAAAGUUUCUUGAUUGUUUCGUUGUUUAGUAAUGGUUAUGAUUUGAAAGACGAGGUGGGUUAAAUCAAAUGAACAUACAAAAACUUAUGCAACCAAAAGUUCAAUCGGGCGAUGAGGACGAACUUCAUUCUAGUAUUAAAUAUGGUGCGUUGCAGUCUUCCUUUGGAGAUAAACGAAGACUCCUUAUAUCGUCCGUGAUAACCGACUCCUCAGUCGAAUCACAAUUUGUACAAUCCCAUGGACUGCCAUUACACAGAGCUGUAAUCGUUGUAGCUUGUGCUGCAUUAGGUGUAGGCUUGUUGAAUUUUCCUUACGCCUAUGAAAAGACCGGUGGAUUGGUGAACGCUUUGUCACUUCAAACAGUGCUUGUUUUUUUCAUCAUUGGUUCCUUUUUUAUUCUUGGUUAUUGUGGUUUUCAUUAUCAAGUAAAAAACUAUGAAGAUAUGGUCAAGGUGCAUUGUGGCCCUGUUGUUCAAGUCAUUUGUCAAAUAAAUAUUAUACUUUACAUGUUUGGAUGCAAUGUGACACACAUGAUCUUGAUUGGUGAUCAGCUUACAAAAGUCAUUGAUCAACCAGCCUGGUAUUUUGACAGGAAGAUUGUUAUAACAGUUGCUUGUGUUGUGUUUAUUUUACCAUUGUGUAUUCCUGAAAAACUCCAAUGGUUAAGUUAUUCAAGUUUACUUGGUGGAUUUAGUGCUGUGUCGGUUUGCAUUGUUGUGGUUUUCCGGUAUUAUGUAGGUAGUUAUGCCCAGAACAAUGAUAUAAGCACGAAAUCAUUCACAUUUGGUAGAAUGUUGGCAACUGUUCCUGUUAUCUGUUUUGCUUUUCAGAGUCAUGUUGCAGCUGUUGCAGUUCAUACAGAGAUACUUCGUCCAACUGUAAAAAGAUUUGGUCUUGUUGUUCUUGUGGCGACGCUGUUAUGUUACAUAUUGUAUUCAUUAACUGGUUGCUUUGGUUACCUGACAUUUCAAAGUAAUGUUAACAGUGAUAUCCUUAACAACUAUCACCAUGGAGACAUUUUGGUUGAUUUUGCGCGGAUUUUCACGGUGCUAGUCGUUUUUAGUACUUUUGCCAUCUUUCACUUUGUUGGAAGGUCAGCCGUGAUUGGUCUAUGGUUAAAACUGCGCAUGCUCACGCCAGCACAGGUUCAAAACUACAAGAAUUGUCGCCGUGUGAUGACGUCAUUUGUAUGGUUUUUCAGUUGCUUGGGUAUAGCCUUGGUCGUUCCAACGAUUUCAAACUCAAUUGCUAUUCUCGGAUCUCUAGCUGCUCAUUUUAUUUUCACAUUUCCUGGACUCUGCCUUAUUCAACAAAUGCUGCAAGAAGAAGAAGCAAUGGAGAUAAAAAGGAAGUUAGGUAUAAUAUUAGGUGUUGUGUACGUCGUCCUUGGGGUUUUCGUGUUUGCUUCUACCAUUACUUUGGCAAUAUACACUGAUUUACAGACUAGAGGGUGAAAAUGUUAUGAACAAAUAACUUUAUUCGCAUGAAUUAAGAAAAGUAAUUUAGAAAGAUACUUAACAAAUUAAUGAUAAUCUAUUUUCUAAA